CAGUUCAUGAUGGAAGCCAACACAUACAACUCGCAGGUGAUCCGGAUGACAGAGCCAGAGCCAUCAAGCGGCGCCAAGGUGGCAUCAUGGAUGAAGGAGAACCUGCUGCUGAUGCUGACGGUGCUGGGCGUGGUGUUCGGCAUUGCGAUCGGGGCCAUGGCCAGGAUGGUCGAGUACUCGGAGGACACGGUGAUGCUGGUAGCCUUCCCGGGAGAGAUCAUGAUGAGGAUGCUCAAGAUGCUGAUCCUUCCUCUCAUCAUCUCCUCCAUCAUCACAGGCCUGUCCUGCCUAGACACGGGCUCCUCAGGCAAGAUGGGAUCCCGAGCGCUCUGCUAUUACUUCUCCACCACUAUUCUGGCUGCAGUCCUGGGCAUCACUAUGGUAACUACUAUCCAUCCCGGAGACCCCUCUAUUUUGGUGGGAGGAUCCCGACCCAGCAAAGAACCUGCAGAGGAACCACAGAUUCUGGAUGCCCUCUUGGAUAUCAUUAGGAACAUGUUUCCCGAUAACCUGGUAAUGGCUAGCUUCUCGUCCACCAAGACUAUCUACAAAAAGGUCGAAGCAACAGUAGUUCGAGCGAAUGAAACUCUCGAUGCUGUGAACGGCACCAUGAACGGAACGAUGAACGGCACUGCUACUGAGGACAAAUACGUUCGUUCGCUCAUCAACUCCGAGGGGACAAAUGUCAUGGGCAUGAUCGUCUUCUGCGUCGCAUUCGGGUCCCUCAUCGGCCAGAUGCAGCAAGGAAAACUCAUGGUCGAUUUCUUCAUUAUCCUAAACGACGUGGUCAUGAAAAUGGUCGAACUGAUCAUGUGGUACUCCCCCUUCGGUAUCAUGUGCCUAGUUAUCGGCCAGAUCAUGAGUAUCGAGGACCUCCGGGAGACGGCGCAGAUGUUGGGCCUCUACAUGUUGACUGUUAUCUGCGGGCUCUUCGUUCACGCGGUGAUCACACUGCCUAUGAUUUAUUUCCUUGUAACGAGGAAGAACCCAGCGACCUUCUUCAGGGGGAUGGUCCAGGCGUGGAUCACAGCGCUUGGGACUGGCUCGAGCUCCGCGACUCUUCCCAUCACAUUCCGCUGCCUGGAGGAGAACAACAAAGUGGACAAGAGAGUGACCAGGUUCGUGCUGCCUGUGGGAGCCACUAUCAACAUGGACGGCACGGCGCUCUACGAAGCCGUUGGGUCGAUCUUUAUUGCCCAGAUGUACGAUAAACACUGGGGCCCCGGAAGAGCCUCAUUCAACGCCAUUGCUCCUUUUUUCAGUUUAACCUCAACCUUGGCUAGCAUUGGGGCCGCCAGUAUUCCCAGCGCUGGAUUGGUAACGAUGCUGCUAGUACUUACUGCCCUCGGUCUGCCAACAGAGAAUGUCUCUCUCAUUUUCGCCGUUGACUGGAUCCUCGAUCGCGUCCGAACCUCCAUCAAUGUCCUCGGCGACGCCUUCGGAGCGGCCAUCGUGGAGCACCUGUGCAAGGAGGAGCUGGAGCGCAUGGGUCCCGCCCAGCCCUCGAUCGAAAUGCUGGACCGCGUGGAGUCGGGCAUGAUCCCGACACACACACCCAUGGCCGCCUCCCCUCAGCCCACCCUCGCCUCGCCUAUCCAGGGCGGCCCCCCCAAGGACCUGGUGGCAAUGGCGGACAAGGGCAACGGACAGCUGUCGUGGGGCAACAACCCCGACAAGAGCCCCAACUCCGAAACCCAGAUUUAGGCGUUUGUUCCGGCGACGCUUGUAGUAAUCCAUUUCACUUAUCCCUUAAAUAUUAUUCGUGUCUGAUUUCAUGGACAGCAGAUCUAAAUGCAGAUGUAAAGUGUUUUGUUCAGCAUUCCUCUAUUUGUAUACAGUGAACUAAACAUGAAUCCUUUCCAGGUACACUGGGUUAUAUUAUAAAAAUGUGAAUUCACAAGUGAAUGAUUAUACAAAUAUG